AUGCACACCGUCUUCCUUUACCUCUGUACGGAUGUAUACGGAUCGAAUAUUGGUCUCACCGAAAAAACGGCGAUGGAAGUGCCAGACAGCCAAGUCGCAACACUACGAACCGGGUCCAUUGACGCAUUUGUCGCCUGGAUCUCUUAUGUUUUCAUGGUGUGGUUAUUCAAAGGGGUCUUGAUGUUCCUCUACAACAGGUUGACAAUGGGUCUUUGGCAACACCGCUUGACUUUGAUCGUCGGAGCCUUUUGUGUCUGCACGUUCCUCGCGUCAUUGUUUUUCCACGUCUUCAUUUGCCACCCAGUUCAUAAGAGUUGGCAAAUCAAGCCAUAUGCUGGAGAUGACUGUACUAUACGCCCGUUGAACUAUAUCGUCAUCGAGACCCUCAGCAUCACAACUGACAUUGCGGUCCUCUCAAUUCCCAUCCCCCUCAUCCUAGCAGCCCGUAUCCCAAUCUCCCAAAAGCUCCUCCUCUGCCUCCUCUUCUCAUCCGGAAUCUUCGUCAUGAUCGCGGGCUUCCUCCGUGCAUAUUACUCCGUCAAAGAUAUCUCCGAACUGUCAACCGCCCUAGGCUGGGCCUCCCGCGAAGCCCUCGUCUCCGUGAUAACAAUCUGCGCCCCUGGAAUUAAGCCGCUUAUCAGCACUUCGCGCUGGUUCUCGACAAAGGGCAGCUCGAACCAUAUCAGCCAGACGCCGAAGGGAAGCAAUCUGUUUACCUCGAAGAGUCGGGGUGAUGAUACGUAUAAUAGACAUCCGUAUGAGCUGUCAUCAUUGGGUUGGAGGAAGUCGCGGCGAGAUUCGACGGGUGAGAGCCAGCAGCAUAUUGUUAUUGAUUCGACCAGGAGUGGAAGGGGCUCAUUGGAUGAUUGCAAAGAAGGAAUUGCGGUCACUACAGAUGUUACGGUGUCUGAGGAAACCCGUUCUCGGAAUGAAGGGCAUGCUUAA